GGCAAAGCACCGGGUUUAAACCCGGUGCUUUGGUAAAAACCCAAUAAACACCCAUAAACUCCCAUAAUCACCCAAAAAAAUAGGUUUUUACGUAUUUUUUUGAAAAUAUGUAAGUAAUACCAAUAAAUUAUUUUUAUAAAUUGUAUUGAUCAAUUCUACAAUAUUAAAUAAAACGUUAACUAAUAAUAUUUCAGGAAAUUUUAAAAAUCUAUAUAUAAUAAAAUGAAAGUAAUUAAUUUUCAGUGUUUUCAUGUUGCAGUUGAUCAACAUGUUGGCCUUUUGCUUCCCGUAGAUACUUUAAAAUUUCUUCAUAACACCUCGUUCGCACACAUGGCCGUAUAUAUUUAAAUUCUUGAGCCACUAACAGUCCGAAAUACUCAUUUCUUUUAUCCUCUUCUCCAUAAAUUAAGCAUUUAGAACAGUUUGUUUCUUCUUUCAGUAAAUUUUCUUUUACUUUAUCCUCGUUUUUUUCUUUGUUGCGACGACGCUGGGUAAAUCAUCUGGACACUGGGUCUCACUAUCGCCAAAUAUAUUUGGAGAUCGGCUUCGGCUACGGCUUGGCAGACAUUUUUUUCUUUCUACAAUUUUAAAUUAAAUUUAUUAGAAUAAAUGCUUCGAACACACGCGAUCUAAGUACCUUUUGUGUUUAUUAUACCUUACCUACCUAGGUAUAAAAAGAGUACUUACGUAGAUUUUCUUUUAUUAACUGUUUUAUACGAAGAUCUUGAUCUCUCAAAUUAGCAUCCAUUUUACUUCCAGUGAUUAUCAACUAAAUUAAUAAUCCACAAAGUAUUAAAUAACGUUUUUAUGAAAUAUUUAGCACAAAAACAAUACCCUUUAAAUAUCGAUCGUCAGUAACUGUGGCUGACUUACCUAUAUUCUAGCAAGCAGGACUGCCAGAUGUGAAGGGGAAAUCCCCAAUAAAUUGUUGCAUGUGACUGAUGAUGUGAGCAUGUUCGUUUCAUAAUAAAAAUGUUGCCAGGUAACCAAAAAGUCGUAUGUUUUUGUGCGAAUUACGAUCAUAAUCUUUACGAUCGUACAUUAAAAAAUAGACAAAUAAUAGUAUGAGUACGAUUUAAAUCGUAUAUCUGUCAACCCUGCUAGCAAGACAGCGACAAAAUCACGUUGCAUAACAAUGUAGCCCAAGCUUAUAUCUUAUGAAAUAUACGGAAGAGAUACGGACUUAGAAAAAACAGAAAUGUUGUUCUUUGUGGAAGUCAUUGAUGAAAUUCUAUGUAUUUUAGCCCGCAAACUUUCUUCAAACAAAAACAGCGCCAUCUAGUAUCGAGUUCUGUAAUUAUCUCUUUGUUUAUGGAUUUGAAGUAAGACCGCCACGCAUGCAAUACAUUAUGACUGGGGAUUCCCCUAUUCGUCGACGCUGAAUAUGAGGCGACGACAAUCACUGUCAAACGUGUUCACUAUUACUCUGACUCUGGUAACGUGACUUCCUGGUAACGUGUUAGGUAGGAAAAGCAGUAAAAAAGUGCAUAUUAAGGGAGCAGAUUUGAAAUAAUAUUUAUACUUAACAAGAAAUAAUUAAAGGUUCAAUGGGGAGACCUAAAGAUUUACGCAUAUGGGAGCACUACCGUACUUUACCAAACAAGUCUGUUUCUUGCAAGCUUUGUAAUAAGGUCUACAAAUUCAGUAAUGCUGCCAAAAUGCUUCAACAUCUUAUCACUUGUCCAAAAUCUCCAGAAACAUUAAAAGACUCUAUGAAACUUAUAAAAGAUAGCUCGUCCAAAACCAAAAUGUCUGGACUGUCAGAGAUAGAGACAAAUGAUUCUUUUAUAAGCCCCUCGUCGUCUGCUAACACUACAAUAAAUGCUGAGUUUCAAGACACCGAUGAUCAUAUAAAAACAGAAUUAGCGAGAGCUAUAUUUGUAACAGGGACGCCAUUAUCGAUGGUGCAACAUCCUUUAUGGAUACAAUUUUUCGAAAAAUUGCAACCAAAAUUUAAAAUACCUUCACGUAAAGCUUUAGCGACAAAAUACUUAGAUAAAAUAUAUAGAGAAAUGCGUUUUGAGUUAAAUGAGGAACUAAAUGCUUGUAGUUACUUACACCUUCAGUGCGAUGGCUGGUCUAAUUUAAGAAAUGAAGGAAUAAUAAACUUUCUUAUAUCAAAACCUCAACCUGCAUACGUUAAAAGUUUGAAUACAGAAAGUAAUCCUCACACUAGUGAAUACCUUAGCCAAGAAGUUGAAAAAGUAAUGAAAGUGUAUGGAGCAAAUAAGUUUCUUGUACUUAUUGGCGAUAACGCUAGAAAUAUACAAAAGGCAUUCGAAUUAACAAAACUCAAAUAUCCACAUGUUGUUCCUCUCGGUUGCUGUGCACAUAUCCUUAACUUGUUGUGCCAAGAUAUUGUAAAGAUACAAGAAGUAACUGUGUUUAUUAUGCAAGCCAUAAAUAUAAUAAAAACUGUUAAAAGGAGUCAACGAUUAAGUUCCUUGUUGAUAAAAUCAAGGCAGGGUGAAGAUUCUACACAAACACUAAAAUUGCCUUGUGCUACAAGAUGGGGAAGUCAUGUUACUUCGUUAAAAAGUUUGAAAGCAAAUAAGAUAGCUUUGCAAAUAUUAACAGUUAGAGAAGAUGUGGUAAUUUCAAGAGAUAUUAAAGAUUUAAUUCUAAGUGAUGAUUUCUGGACGAAGACAGGGGAAUGUAUAAGUAUUUUGGAACCAGUCACUGAAAGCAUAUUUUACUUAGAGAGCGACCAGAAUCGUUUGCAUCGCACAUACAUUACAUUUAGAGAUGUACAAGCUAAGAUACGUUUUGCAUUAAAUGAGAUUUCGACAUUGAGCGAAGAAAGCAAACAGCAGAUUCUAACAUCAGUAUCUUCAAGAUGCAAUAUGGCAAUGAGGCCAAUACAUUUUGCAGCAUAUAUUCUAGACCCCAGGACUCUAGGAGUCGAACUUACUCAAGAGGAAGAACUUAAGGGUAUGGAGUUUAUCUACAAUUUAAGCCAACACUUAAGUUUGUCAAAUGUAAUGGCAGAUUUGGCGUGUUAUAAAGCUAAAGAAAACUUUUGGGCCAGAGGAUUUGUAUGGAGCUCAUUAGAUAGCAUUGAGCUCCUAAUAUGGUGGAAAGGUAUUUGUGGUUCCACUGAGUUAAGCAAAGUAGCGAUUCGUAUUCUAUCAGCUCCCUGUACUUCGGCAGCCACUGAGCGUUCCUUUAGUAUCCAAGGCUACAUACAUAAUAACAAAAGAAAUCGACUUACAACUGAAAGAACUGAAAAAAUUUCAUUCAUUUGUUAUAACUGGAAUCUUAAACAUAAAGCUGAAUGCGAGGACAUUCAGUUUAAUGAAGAAAAUACCUUAGAAGCUUUCAUUGAGCAAGUAAAUGAACAUAACAGUUUAGACGAAAUAGAGCCUAUCGAACCUAUACAAUUCAUCGCUUGUAAUAACUCUGAAUCUGACAGUGAUUGACUGUAGUUUUACAUUUUACUUUCAUCUCUUUCUUAAUAAACUCAAAAUCAAAUUAAAAGUUUUUUAUUCUGUAGGCUGCAUAAUAAUAUUGUCUAUGUCCAGUAUAGUGGACGUCUUGCGGCUGAGAUGACGAUGAUGAAGUACAAAAUCAUAAACACCCAAAAAUUUGGGUGUUUAUGGGGUUUAAACCCAAUAAACCCAAAACACCCGGUUUUUACCCACCAGACUUUAAACCCACCCAGGUGGAUUGCCCAUCUCUAUUCAUGCCAGACAAAAACUCGUCUGCCGCACUCCCUAUUCGACCUUGGCAUCCGAUAUCUCGUACUUAUCUGCGGUUUGUUUUGCCAAUUCGAGAUGUUG